AACGCCGUCGAGGCCGCCGCCGCCGCCAAAGAUGAGUCUGCUUGCGCAGGAGUGCCCUCUGGUGGUUGCAUCGCAGAAGAAGAAGCAGCGGCUGGACUUUGACGAUGCACCUGAGACCAGCAUCCCAGGACCCAAGCGCCCGCGUCUCAGCCUGCUGCCAAGCCCAAGCCCUUGCCUCCAACCCCUUGCCUCUAGCCCCCCUCCUGCCACAGACCAGGAGUCGAGGAUAUCCCAGAUUGGCCCAUAUAUCCUUCUAGAGGCCACCGAAGGCAGCCGCUGCUACAGGGCUGUGGACAGACACACGGAGGCAGAAUAUACCUGCAAGGUCUACCCAGCCAAGAGCUACCCGGAGGUGCUGGCCCCUUACGCCGCCCUUCCAGCUCAUCCCAGCAUCGCCCGUGUGGCGGAUGUGAUUGCCGGGGACCAGAACAUUUACGUCUUCUUCCAGCCCGGGAGGGACGACAUGCACAACUAUGUGCGGCGGUGCAAGCGCCUUCCCGAGCCCGAGGCUGCUGUCCUCUUCCGUCAGAUGGCCGAAGCGGUUGCCCACUGCCACCAGCACGGGGUGGUCCUCCGGGACCUCAAGCUGCGAAAAUUCGUGUUUGCUGACCGAGAAAGAUCCAAACUGCUGCUGGAGAAUCUGGAGGACUCGUGUUUGCUGAAUGGUCCCGACGACUCCUUGGUGGACAAACACGGCUGCCCGGCCUACGUGGGUCCCGAGAUCCUCAGCUCCAAGACGUCCUACUCUGGCAAGGCUGCUGACGUCUGGAGCCUGGGUGUGGUGCUCUAUACCCUCCUCGUGGGGUGCUACCCCUUCCAAGACACCAAGCCCCUGUCUCUCUUCGGCAAGAUCCGCCGCGGGCGCUUUGCCGUCCCCGAGGACCUCUCGCCCAAAGCCCGCUGCCUCAUCCGCUGCCUCCUGCGGAAGGACCCAUCUGAGAGGCUCACAGCCAGCGGGAUCCUGUUGCACCCAUGGCUGGCUCCUGGCAGCACCCCCGAGGGCUCGUGGAGCGGGCCCUCCAGAGAUCAGGGGCUGGAGCAGGUGGUCCCGGACGUGGGGGGCUUGAGGGAGGUCAAGGCCAAAGAGGAAGAGGAGGGGGGACUGUACAGCUGAGCUGCCGAGGAGAACGAGAUGGACAAAGGAGCAACAGGGUGGCUCUUGUCUUGGCCUGGCUAGCCAUGAACCAUGGAAGGGAGACCCCCCCUUUCACCCUUCAGUUCCCUCGCCAGGGUCGUGCCCCAGAAAGAAGUGUCUUCAAGCUAAGGCAACAGUCACAUUUGCCAGCAAACUGGGAGGACGGGUGCUUUGACAUCCAGGUCAGGGACGAUGGCCUCCCUCGCGUCACGGCGCACGCUUCGUGGCGCGCUCGUUCGCACGUGCCAAAGGACCGUUCUGGAACUCUUUAUCGCCACCAGCAAAACUCUCCUGCGUUGAGAAAAUGGGUGCUUCUUAGCAGCCCUGCGGGACUCUGAAACUAAGGACUGCAGCUCC